AAAAAAAAAAAGAGAAAAGGAGAAAGUAAAAAAACAACGAAUUGAAAAUCUAGUGUUCUUUGCGUUUUCACGAAUGCGAUGAACUCAAAAAACCAAACGUCAAUUAGGGCUUUCGGGCAGCGAACCAUUGCUUCAACGUUCCGCAAUCUCCCACCACGCAAUCCUCUCUCUGAAGGAAGCGUGAGAAAUCAAGCUUCACACAAGUGCGAUAUCACGCAUUCCUCGCUUUCAAACUUCCUCUCCUUCAAGCAGCAAAGAUCCCCACAUCUUACACAAACGGUCCAGGGGAAAUCGACGCCUUUUCUGUCACCUAUCGGUUUAAGAAAAUGUGAGGAAAAUCGAACUGCCAAAGAAGUUGGAAAGGAGGGAAACAGCAACAAUGAUAGUAAGCUGAUUUUUGAAACCUUCAAGCACACUGAAGAGGACAAAAGAAACUUUGUCAGUGAAAUUGGUGUUGAUGAAUUAGAAAAUUCAGUUGGGGAUACCAAUCAAGAUUCAAAGAAAAGGAAAACCCCGUUUGAAGGUGAAAAUGAGAGCCAAACUGCACGAAAUCAUGUGGUAGUUCUUGGAGGCGAAUCAAAGUUAAAGCCAAAAAGACAAACCCAUAAUGGCUCUAACAACAAAAGGCCAAGGCCUCAUUAUAAUCACUAUGCGAAUGGCCAUGGCUGGUGGGAUUACGACAUGGAAGGUGUUGACAAUGAGGAAUUGGGCUCCAAUGAAGUAUGGGAGGGCGUGGGAUCCACCACACUCGGGGGAAUAAUAGAUUGGCAUUGAUUAGACAUUUUACGUGUUUUAGAGGAAUUUUGUACUGUGCCCAUUUUGCUUAGCCUUCAUCCCAACGUACUCUUAAACCUUUAACUCCAUGUAGACAAGUCACUCAAAGUACAGUUAUUUUCACUUCAAUAUAAUUAGUUCACUUUAAGGCA